ACGGCUGGCCCCGUUCCGCGCUGGUGUGAUGCGGGCAGAAUUUAUUAUUCGCCGCCUCAAAUAAUCUCCCGAUCUCCCGAUUGUCGACUUUCCCCCCUUCCACCUCUUCUUCUUCCUCUCUAAACACGCCCCUCCUCCCUCCCUCACACCCAUCAUGGAUAUUAUCCUUGAGCUCUGGGACACCUUCAUUGGUGAUCGCCUCUACUCGACCCUUCUUCCGACCUCCCUAUCCUCUACCGUCGGUCUUCCGGCCUUCGUCAAUGUCGCCAACAGCACGUUGUCCCUCUUUGGCGCCGCGGAGCCCUUUAUCUAUGAGCCCGCCACACAAUUGAUCCAUUUGGAGCCUUCCAAAUAUGCCUAUCUCAGCGCCUGGCCUCGGAAUAACAUCUACCGCCAAUUCACAAGCUUUUUCCUCAUCACAUGGAUUUUCGGCCUUCUCGUAUACUUCAUCGUCGCAACCGCUUCCUACAUCUUCGUUUGGGACAAAACCACCUUCAACCACCCCAAGUUCCUCAAGGGCCAAAUCCCCUUAGAAAUCAAGCAGGCCAUGUCUGCUAUGCCUCCAAUGGCCCUUCUGACCGCACCCUUCUUCGUCCUCGAGGUCCGCGGCUACGCCAAGCUCUACGAUACCGUCGCCGAGGAGCCCUUCCCCUACUAUAGCAUCCUCCAAUUCCCCAUCUUCAUCUUCUUCACCGACUUCUUCAUCUACUGGAUUCACCGAGGGCUGCACCACCCGCGCGUCUACCGUGCUCUUCACAAGCCGCACCACAAGUGGAUUAUGCCCUCUCCUUUCGCUUCCCACGCCUUCCACCCUCUCGACGGCUGGUCCCAGAGCGUGCCCUACCACGUCUUCCCCUUCCUCUUCCCGCUGCAGAAGGUCGCCUACGUCUUCCUCUUCGGUUUCAUCAACCUGUGGACUGUCUUCAUCCAUGAUGGCGAGUACGUCGCGAACAGCCCUAUCGUCAACGGUGCCGCUUGCCACACCAUGCACCAUCUCUACUUCAACUACAACUACGGCCAGUUCACUACCCUGUGGGACCGUCUGGGUGGUAGCUACCGCAAGCCUAAUGAGGAGCUGUUCCGUCGCGAGACCAAGAUGAGUGAUAAGGAGUGGGAGCGUCAGUCCAAGGAGAUGGAGACUAUCCUCAAGGAUGUCGAGGGUGAUGAUGACCGCACCUACUCUGCUUCCACCAAGACGAAGAAGAACCUAUGAGACGGAAGGUUUCAUUUUUGAAGCCUUUUUUUCGACCUUUGUUUUUAUAUUCCGGGUGUGGAGUGACGCGGGUAUGCACGGUCGAGUCAGAUUGGUCUUUCAUUCUCGAGGACUUUACUUGAAGCUCAACUUUUGGCUGCUACGGUAAUCCAUACCCAUCCACCCUCCCACAAUUCACCAUUCACCCUUCUUCCUUUUUACGUACAUUACCAUUAAUCCCCGCGCUAUGCACAUCCCAUACUCUGUUUUAAUAUUUUCCAAAAAAGGGCCUGGCCGGGUGGUCUGCGGGUCUACCGCAUUAUCUGUACAUACUUCUUUUGACCAUGGCGACCAGAAUGCAUUGUUACGAUUGAAAGUUUAUUAUUAUCUUUUAUCUCUUAUUUCCUAUCUGCAUUACAUGUAAUUUUCUUCUAUAUUCUGUAUUUAAGUCAAUUUCGACG